CUGUACUUGCGAACGUUUGGAUACACAGGCAUCACGCGGGCAAAGCGGCUUUGGCUUCUCAUUUCACACAUUCAAUCAUUUUGAGAGAGAAGACGCGAUCGAGUGAAUCUCCAAACCCUGGCCAGCAGCCAGCUCAGAGGAGGCGGAAAAUGAACGUGUUCGCAGGAACUUCUUUUGCAUGGUCUCUCCCAAUCGUACUAUAUUCAGCGACGAUGUUUUGUGAGCUUUGAAGCACCUGCGCGAGAAAGGGGGUGCACCUUGUGAGUUAGUUGGCCGAGACCUCAGUUCGUGACCUCAAUCCUUGUGUUGAGGGUUUUCCGCAGGGAACUUUCGCCAAGCAAUCAUGAAUGCUGACCCAGCGUCUGUACCUUUGGAGGGCCAGAAGAGCGAUGCUCACAUGAUCCACUUUCCCAACAGUGAGAAACCAGCAGCUGGGAAGUAUCACGGCAUCAUCCCAUUUGAGAUUGCAGAGGGCCAUGACUUCUUCAACAAGAACAAGGGAAACAAGUACAUGGCAGCCCUGAAACCCUUGAAGCAAGCAAAUCUGAUACCGGAGGGGACGUACAUCUAUGAUGCAAGCCAUCCCUUGCGGUUGCUCCUCCGUCUGCCAGGGACGGCGGUUUUGGAGACGCUCAAGAGUUACUCCUUUUGGAUGGUCAUGUUGACCCACCUCAUCCUUGUAAUACUGUACUACAAAGUGGACUUCCAGCAUACCAGGAUCGACUCUUCCAACACGCCUGCCACUCAACGGUCACAAUGGCCCUUCCUGAGGACUACCACCUACAGCGGUUUCCUGGCGACGCUUGUCUCGUUCUGCCUCGUUUUCCAAACCACGCAGAGCUAUAAUCGGUACUUCAAGCAGUAUGAGGCGGUCGUGGAUAUGCGGCGGGGCGCCAUCUCCUUCCACCAGCAUAUUCGCUCCCUCUUCGCGGACGACGCUUUCCCUGGCGCCAGAGAGAUGCGCAUGAAGCUCCACAAGUACUGCCUUGCGCUUUUUUACUGCACCUACGGGUGGUUCCCGCACUACCAAGAGAAGAGCCUUAACAUCUGGGUAUUCAACUAUAUGUGUGAGCUGGAGCUGUUCACACCGGAGGAGAAAGCGGAGCUGCUCAGCCUGUCAAAGACGUCCAAGCCGCAUCAAUGGGUUUCGAAAUGGCUGACGUACACGUUAUACCAGGAGCAUAAGCGCGGCCAUUUGACAGCGAGGUCGCUGGACCGCCUGCUUGGGUACACUGGGAAAAUCGGCAUGAACAUCAAUAUGCUGUUUGAGCACGUGCAGAUGCCGGUGCCCUUUGCCUUCUACCACCUGCUCAACCUGAUGGCUAUUGGUUACCUGCUCUUGCUGGCCUACACUCAGGUAUCGGCGUCCUACUUCUACAGCUUGGUCCCCUUGGCCCUGACUACCUUGGUCACGCUCGGGAUCCGUGAGCUUUCCAACGCCCUCGCCGAUCCGUUUGGCCGCGAUGAGACGGACAUCCCGAUCCUCGACUACGUUGCGAAGUGGCACGCGGAGUUCGACGAGCUCCUGGAUUACGUGCCUCCCGGUGUUGCUCACGAGGAGGCUGCCGUAGAAAGCAACACCGCGACCGCAUAAGCUUAACGCUAAGGGUAUACGUACGUAAGCUUAGUCUCUAUGUAGGGGCGUACAUGGAGUGGAAGACGUGAUGAAAGUUGCGAGACUUGUGAGUCAAGGUGAGCUUAGACAUUGACAUGAAGGUAGACGUUGACCAGAGACCUGAGUUAGGCAGGGUCAACCGGAUCGAACAGUGGUAGCUCUUGCUUUGAGUUUAAUAGUAAUGAUGAAUGGUAGAAUAUCGUGUAGACACUGAAGUAAACGCAAGUUUCUAGUUUAGUUGCAAAGGCAUGCCGCCGUCCUACGCGUGACCACAGGAGUUAGUGGCGUUUAUGUCAGGUGCCACGUAGCUUGCAGGUUGAAAGAACACAAAUGGUGACGGAGAAGGUCCGCCCCCAACGCCACGUCACGAUUUCGAGCCAUAAGAUGACUGACGCAGCUACGGCGAUCGGAUUUGUCCAAUGGAUCAAAAGGCCUGAUUCCCA